AUAAAAAAGUGUAGUCGCGGUCACACUGGCGAGCAGAAUUUCAUACGUUUUUGUUUCCUUUUGGCCAUAUUUAUUAUUGUUAAAAUUGGAGCAAUGCCAGCCGCUGUGCGCAAGUUCCGCCGCGAGACCAGUGAAAUCAGCUGCUGCUUGAAGUACCUUUUGUUCGCCAGCAAUGUGAUCCUGUGGCUCUCGGCCCUGCUGGUCCUCUCCGUUGGCAUCUGGGCCUGGAGAGAGAAGGACAUGUUCCGCAACAUUACGCGGCUGCACUUCAUCGCCCUGGACCCGGCCUUCGUGCUGAUCAUCCUGGGAGGCGUCACCUUCCUACUGGGCUUCAUGGGCAGCGUGGGCGCCUUGCGCGAGAACACCUGCCUCCUGGGGGCGUACGCCAUCUUCCUGAGUGUCCUGCUUAUCGCAGAGAUCGGCUUCUGUGCAGUGGCCUUCGCGCUCAAGGACAAGGGCUGGAUCAAAGACCAGGCCACCGAGGGACUCAAAGCCUUCAUCCGCCACUAUCGCGAGGACGCAGACCAGCAGAAUUUGAUUGACUGGAUCCAGGAGGAUUGGCUGCAGUGUUGCGGUAUUGAUGGUCCUAAGGACUGGGACAGCAACAACUACUUCAAUUGCUCGUCCAUCGCUAUUGGCAGCAGGGAGGCGUGCGGAGUGCCCUUCUCCUGCUGCCGCAGGCGUCCCCAGGAGGUGAUCAAGAACAAGCAAUGUGGCUACGAUGUACGCAAGGAGGGACAUCCGGUGGAUAGGAAUAUACAUGAGCGUGGCUGCUUGCGCGCUGGCGAGGAUUGGCUGGAGGCCCAUCUUAUUAGUGUGGCGAUCGGCUGCGUGGCUCUGCUCGUCCUGCAGGGCAUGGAGUUGUCCAAAAUAAUCUACGAAAAGGGCUGUGUUCAAGCAGGCGAAGAAUGGAUGGAGCAUAACUUGAUUAUUAUUUCCACUACUGUUAUAGUUGUGAUGUUUUUCCAGAUCUUGGGCAUUUGCUUUGCUCAAAACCUGCGUGCCGAUAUAUACACUCAAAAGUCAAAGUGGCACUGACAAAUGGCUCUGCCUGCUCCAACGGCCAUUUAGAAGAACACCCAAGGCGGCGAAGGAUUUUGGGAACUUCGAGGUAAGCCACAUGGAGCAUCCACCAACUUCAAAAAAAGAAUCUAACUACUCAUCUACGCUCCGGUUAGUUAACUAUACUAUAAAUUCCUUGUAAACCCAUACUAGGGUGAAUCGAUUUGGAUGCAUGAAAAUCGUUGGUAGAAUCUAGUCAAUGAUCAAUUCGUAAUGCUAUUGCCAAAGUAACUAUGUUCUGGAAAUUACGAUUCACCCUCCGCUUUUGAUCAGAAAACACAAAUGCCUAUGGUAAAACCUGAUUUUCGGGACACCCGUUGUAUAUUGAUAUUGGCAUAAAAUGUUCAUCGAUUAGGUUUCUCUACCACGAUUUAUCUGUUUUUUGCGUCCAUUAAAUCAAACCAGUUUAACCCAUACCCCCUUUUAUACUCAAGAGUACGCUAUGUGUCUAACUAAAGCAAACGCAUUCCGUCUUGUGGACAUUGACUAAUAUUAACUAGGUUGCCAAAUUUGUUGCUGUUUUUACGUCGGCUUCCCUUGCCCAAGAACAAAUGAGAAAAAGAAAAGCAAAUCAUUUUAAAUAAAUUUUCUACACAUUUUACAAGAAAAGUAAAAGAGGAGGCAUAGGAAAAAUGAAAAAUUUAUCUUGAAAUGCAGCUGUGAUAUAUUUUUAAAGAAAAGUAUAAAGAAACCGAAAUUAAAUGCAACAAUUUCCAACAAAUCGAAUGAUCACACCACGAAUCUCAUUCCUAAACUGAACAAAUACAACCUAGCACAACACAUAUUUGUCUUCAAAAUAAUAGUUAUUUUUAUAAGCGAGGAACAAAAUACAUUUCUGUGACAAAUGUCAAUAUCACAGAUCGUAAAAUGGAAAAAGCAAUACCACUUGCGUAUUAAUAUUAAUGAGCUUGAACUAAAUUUAUGCACAACAAAUGGUUAGCUUUACAGCAUAUGAAUAUAUUUUUGCAACAUGCAAUUAUAAUUGAGUAAAAAGUAAGCCAAUUGCUGGUUUAAUUGCUUGAUAUCGCACUUGUAACAUGAUUCACAAGGAAAAAUAUUGAUUCGCUCUUGUACCUUUUUAAAUCUAUAUUGCAAAGAGACGUAGUAUUGGGAGACUCCGAUGUUAGUAUUAUUUAUACUAUUUCGCAAACAUUCUAAUCAAAAGUAAUGGAGAUUAAAAACAACACUGCCCCGAACAGAGUAUUACGUUUUUGUGUUCUCCAAAUAGCUGAAAGGUCCAGUGAACUGACACUUGGAUAACUAUAGAAUUUGCCAAUCUUAGUCAGAUUAAAACGAUAGCUAAUUUAACUAACAGUAUCCAAACGUUUUCCUAAACUGUUUAAACUCAGUCUGCAAACUUGUAUUUAUAAAACAGUUCAUACUUGUAUUGCAGUUCAAUAUUAAACGUGAAUAGAAGUCGAAACUCAACACCUACAUUGCUGUAAUGCUCAAAAAGACGAUAGAUAUAAUAAAAUGCUUUUACAUUAAAUACCAUAAGUACUUGCAUUUGAGUGACAGCUAAUACACUUUUUGGAUAUCUAAAAAGUUUACAUUUUAUGGCAGCUAUUCUAGAGAGUAAUGCAGUUCAUAGUUUAUACACUGCUCAAAAAAGGGUUUUGAUCAAAAUUGAAACCUGAUUAAAAAUAUAUAUCUUUUCUUUAUAAACAUCUGGCCAAAUUUCCCUGUGCAAUGUUAAAAUACUAAGCCAAUAAAAUCACGAACAUAGUACGAUUAAUAAUGUGUAAAAGCAAAAAAGUUAACAUUCUGCUAUAAUGGUAACGCAAAAAAGUCAAUUGAAAAUAAGCUGGAGAUCGAAAAGAGUCAGUCAAGCACAGAUCAACAGCAUUUAUUAAGGCGUAUAUAAACAUAGAUUUAUAAGAGAAAAUUUAUAAUAAAGCUUAACGAAGGUUGUUGACACAAGUAUCAAUCAAAAACGCUUCAAAUAAAGAAAUACGAAAUAACAAUA